UACUUUUCUGCGAUUUUGCAAUUUAUUUUAACAUCAUGAGGGUUUGGAUUAGCUGGUUGUUCCUUUUAACGCGAUACGCGAUAGGCGAACCCGAACCUGAGUUGACUUCACCAGUCGCAACUACAGAAAGAAGUACACCGGAACCCAUAUCAUCGCCAAAUUUAGCAACUGCACAGACUGAUGUAUUCCGUCGUACUCUCUUCGAUAAACUGGAUUAUUGGAGUGGAGAGUCUUUGAAAGUAACAAAAUCAAAUAAGGACUGCAAAGAAAAUAACAGAGAAUUCAAUAUUGAUGACAGCACUGCAAAAAAUGAGACUUCAAAAAAGAAAAAAAGUGGCAGAAGAAUUAAUCAGGUUUACGAUCCAAAAUCCGUCGAAGAACACGAAAAGUCUACGAGAUAUGCGGAGUGGGAUGGCGAGCAUACCAGCCACAUGCCCGAGGAACACAGCAAUGAAACUGCAAAAGCGCAAAAACUCAACGGAUACACGCUGCUCGAAGACAUGACAGAGCUAAUGGAGCAACUAAAAGCAAACACGUCAGUCUCCGUAAUAUCCAGAACCGCCGAAUACCACAAUAUAGUGCUGGUCAAAAUAAGUGCCAAGCACUCAUCCAGGUUCUUCAGGGCUUUGGAUGACAAAUACGUGGAUGAGAAACCAGAAAAGAAGAUAAUACUUAUCGUUCACGGCCUCUCUCCAAUGGGCUUUGCUACGGUUCCGUGCUUAUUCAAUAAACACAGCUUCAUGAAGUUAGUGAAAAUGUACGCAAAACAUUUGGACAAGUUUGAUAUAUUCUUAAUACCCAUGGGGAAUCCUGAUGGCAUCGCCGAUGAAACUCUCCAGUUAUGGAACAAGAACAAGUCGCCACAAAAAGCGUGCGCAGGCGUGAACGUGGACCGGAACUUUGACGUCCGUUGGAACAAGAGCCACGGCAUCAGUCCCUGCCUGCAGAGCUACCCGGGGCCUGCGCCCUUCUCCGAGAUGGAGAGCCGCGCCAUAGCUGACCUCAUCCACCAUUACAACCACAAGAUCGUGGCGUACAUACACGUCCAUGCUGGGACCUAUUCUCCUAGAUCUUUCAAGGGUGACGCAGUACUGUAUCCCAGAGGAUACGAAGACAAGCCGAUUGAUGACAAGUACUCCGACUUAGACGCGGGCAUCGAGGAGUCUAUGAGGAAUGCCGGCUUCAAAGUGUACGGCAUCACACUGGCCAGCUUAUACCGGUGGUAUGGACAAGUCUAUGGAACUAGUGUAGACUACGCCACCACGGUAUAUGGCAUUCCAUAUGCAAUGGAGUUCGUCUUGCAAGCUUAUCAGGACUACCGUAUCACCACCACCACUUCCGAAGAAAUGCAGGACAACGUCCUUACCGAAGUUUGGCAAAGGGUUAUCGAUGUUAUAUUUCCCACAAUUCACAAAUACACGACACCGAAUACAGAUGAAGAUCUUUAGAAGUGGCUUUAGAAUAAAAUAUAGAGUAUGUGACAGUGACAGUGGAUUUUAUAUAAUAUAUUGUGUUUUAUUUUGGAACUUUAAAUCACGUGAGAAUCCAUGUAAAAGUAACGUGAGUCACAACUUCAUUGAGUGUUUAUUUGAAUAACAGCUGCAAAUGAAAGGAUCUAUGCAUAUAU